AUGCAAAACGAAAAAAUCUCGACAAUAAUAUUUUCGUCCCUGCGCACAAUAUAUACUAUGGCAUAUACAUAUUUCGCCAUUCUGCUAUUAAUGAUGUUUGCAUAUUAUAAGUCUUCGUAUAUUUGUACGAUCCACAAUUUUCUCCGCUUUCAUCCGUCUACGAACUGUACUCUACCAAUCAGCGGGGGAUUCGGAUUAUUCUCGACCAAUUCUGACAAUUUUUUAUAUUAUCUACGUAUGUUCUACGAGCCAGGCCUAAUGACACUCACCAGCAUGAUAACAUGCGCUGUCGAUACCACUUUUGGCUUUUAUGUUUAUCAGUUCAGCUCGACACUACGCGCCAUAAUAUCCACUCUCAUGAAUCCUCUGUCCACUGAGAAGUUCUCGGAUCUCCUGAAAACGUGCGCAGUAAAACAUCAGAAGCUACUUCAAUGUCGCAACUCGCUGGAACAUAUCUAUGGACCCAUCGUCUUUUGGCAUGUUGUCACCAAUGCCAUGCUUGUUUGCUUAUCGAUAUACGACUUCACAUCAUUAUCGGUCUUUAAUUUUCGAAACCUGUCUUCAACUGUGAUAUACGCUGCAAUAAAACUACUUCAAACAUAUAUGUACGCAUGGUAUGGCACUUUUCUCACAAAUGCAGGUGAGGAUUUUCGUAAAGGAAUAUACUUCAGCAAAUGGCCCAAUUCUAAUCUCGAUCGUCAUGUAAGAACAGAUAUUAUUCUGAUGAUGAUACAGAAACCAAUGACUGUUAACGCAAUUUUUUCUCCCAUCGAUUUAAUCAUGUUUAUCAAUGUAAAUAUUUAA